UCUUUCCAAUCAGACCUGGCAACCCUGAGCGGCGCGGCCUCUUGAGAACAAUGAUAUUUCCCACAGUCAGCGAAGGCGUCGUCUGAUUGUGUGCACCUGUGUGUAACGGGAUGAUGGCGGAGUCGAAGAAAACUAGGGAGCCGAUGAGGUGUGUGAGCCACCAGCAGGCCAGCCAGCUGCUCCACAACAAGUUCAUCGUGGUGCUGGGAGACUCCAUUCAGAGGUCUGUAUACAAGGACCUUGUUCUGCUGCUACAGAAGGAGAAGUAUCUCACCUUGCAACAACUCAGGAGCAAGGGCGAGAUGAGCUUUGAAAUGGACUGCCUGAUAGAAGGGGGCUGUCUAAGCCAAUUGCACAACGGAACAGGAUACAGAGAGGUCCGGCAGUUUCAGUCCGCCCACCACCUGGUCCGCUUCUACUUUGUGACACGCAUCUUCUCUUGCUACAUGCAGAGCAUCAUAGAUGACUUCCGCAAUGGCUUGAAACCAGACAUAAUCAUUAUCAACUCCUGCGUUUGGGAUAUCUCAAGAUACAAGUCCAGCUGGAUUGAUGACUACAAAGAGAACCUGCGUAGGUUCUUUGACAAGAUGAGAGGGAUCCUGCCCGAGGAAACCUUGGUCAUGUGGAGCCUCACUAUGCCUUUAGCAGAGAGAAUCAAAGGUGGUUUCCUGGUGCCUGAGAUUGAGCACAAGGCCCCCCAUCUGCGUUAUGAUGUGAUCGAAGCUAACUUCUAUAGUGGGACCCUGGCUGACGCCUACGGGAUAGACGUGUUGGACCUACACUUCCAGUUCCGCUUUUCUCUGCAGCAUCGUACGAAGGAUGGAGUUCACUGGAAUGCACUCGCCCACCGCAGGAUAACCUCCCUGCUGUUACAGCACGCUGCACAGGCCUGGGGCGUCAACAUGCCCUGUGAACUGAGCCCUGUCGAACAUACUGAAGUGACUCUUCCGAAGCCAGUCUAUGGAAAUGCUUUCAACCCUGCAGGUACGACAUCAGGAGUGCGUCAAGUAGACUGUGCCCCUAACUUCCACUGCCCUGCUCCCACCAACUAUUUUUCCAGCAAGGAGAGAUAUGACAACGGUUACAGGGAGGAGUUCAGCAAUGAUUCCCUCCCUUUACACUGCUUCAACUUUGAGGACAACCACCAGCGGGAACGAACACAUCGCCACAAGCCUGUCCUCCCACCACAGCCUGUCCUCCCACCACAGCCUCCCCUACCCGUCCACAGACGCAAGUAUAAAAAACAUGGACAGGGUGGAAAUGGUUCCCACUACAGACCUCACCCCUACCACGGUCCCUACAAUGAGCCCCAUCAUCAGUACGUGAUAAGGAACCGACACAUCAGACACCACUUUGCUCCAUACGCCCACCAAAGACCAAAUCACUACGCCAAUCAUGUCAGUUACUACUGAGCUGUUUCACAAGCAUUCAAAGUUCAAAGUGUUACAUGCAUCAUCCUGUAGGACAUCGUUCCACAAGUUUUCAAUGUUCUCUAAACCAUACGCAGGCUUUUAAGCAGGAGGAAGUGUUCAACCUCACACUGCUCGUUUCACACCUUGAUUUUAUCUAACUCAGAGUGUUCUCGUAUGUAUACAGUGUCCUUAUAUUGUAAAUUAGUCCUUUUCUCAGUUUGAAUUUGUUUGUUCUCUUGCCAAGAAAAGGUUUUUAAAAGUAUUUUUCAGAUUUUUUUACAUUCUGCACUUAAAAUGUAUAAGGUGAAUUGUUCUAUUAAAGUUGAAGCUAAGAUUUCCUAA